AUUGUGGACAAGUUAUUUUGGGGUGACACCUACAGCUUCAAGGAUGCUAUUCUUCUGGGCGAGUACAAAAUAGACGACAGUCCUGUGGGGGCGGACAAGAAGCCUGAAAAAGGCGCACAAAGAGGGUGGAGCUACCCGUUCUUGAUGGUGAAGCAGGACAAGUCCAACGCUUUCUCGUUCUUUGCCAAAACCGGUGACCAGAGAGACAAGUGGAAGGAUUCUGUGGCCUUAGCUCUAGAUAACAGCAAUCCUGCGGCGGGCAGGAACUUCAUUAUGCACACAUUUGACAAGCCGAGGGAGUGUGAUGUCUGCGGCAAGCUACUCAGGGGUAUGUUCUACCAGGGCUAUUUAUGUGCAGAUUCUCAGAAAGCAGUGCAUAAAGAAUGUAUUGGGAAACCUUUUCAAACAAGUCCUCCAAGAAGACCCCCCAGAACAGACAAGCCACAGCAUGUUGUUACCAAAGCACGGGCUGAGAAAGGUUACCGUGGCAACCCGAGUCCACCGAGCCGCCUCAAGCCUCCUCUCUACUUCGCCAAGGAUGAUGUGCUGGAGGUGUUGGUGAAAACCGAUGAGAACUGGUGGAAGGGUCGGUUCAGAGGUGAAGAGGGACACUUCCCAGCAAGCUAUGUCACAGAAAGAAAAGGGAAUCUGCAGCGCAAGGACAGCUAUCUCCACACGGCUAACGGCGCGUUUGCCCCGCCGCAGUCUCCGGGGACUGGCCAGAUGGAGUCCUCGCUGGGUCACCGUGGUAGCUUAGCCAAUAUAGCCAACCUAAACGCAUUCCCGUGGUACUCUGGAGAGAUGGAGCGGGCCACAGCACAGAAGGUGCUGGACCCUUUGCCAGACGGCACGUUUCUCAUUCGAGUGACGAAGAACCCGACACGGCAAGGAGAACUGAGUCUUAGUAUUAAAUACGCCAAUGCUGUGAGACACAUUAAGGUGAACCGUGGGGAGGGUGGCUUUUAUCUGGCAGCUCACAGGUUCUUCACCACAGUGCAGGAGCUGGUUGACUUUUACCAGGCGAAUGAACUCGCUGACAGUUUCCCUGAGGUGUGCACAACGCUGAAGUAUCCCUACAAGAAAGUAGCGACCAACGCGCGUGUGCACUGCUUUGCUGUGGCCAUCUACGACUACGCAGCAACCUCCACCUCCCAGGUGACGCUCCAGGUGGGCGACAGGGUCAAGGUGCUGAGUAAAACGGGAGAGGACAAGGGCUGGUGGAAGGGAGAGAACCUGAGGACGAAUAGAAUUGGUUACUUUCCACUGGCCUAUGUGGAAGAGGAAGAUGAGCCGUGCUGAGCCCACGCUUGGAGCUGAUACUCUCGCAACUUUCCAAUCCACAACACAUCCGGGGG